CAAGCUUCAGCGCAGCUUCACACAGGUGCCUGGACCUGUUGGAAUCGAUGCUGUGGUCGUAGAAGACACUGAAACAACCAGUGAGCCACUCAUCAGCUCCCUUCCUUAUUCCACGAUACUCUGACGAUUCGCUCUUGGGGAUUUCUCGUCACCCCAAGCUUCACCAUGGCUCCUCAAACACCCGCCGUUGUCAUGGACAACGGUACCGGGUACUCCAAGCUUGGCUUUGCCGGCAACGACUCUCCCUCGUUCGUAUUUCCCACCGCAAUCGCGACAAAAGGUCCCACCGGCGGCACUGGUGGCUCAGGAUCGGGGCGACCAGCCGUCGCGAACAAACCAUCAUUCCUCACUGGUGGCGCUGGCCCUAGUGGCCACCUGUCAGCAAAACGAGGCACCGAAGAUCUAGACUUUUUCAUCGGUGAUGAAGCAUUGGCAGCAGCGGCAGGACCCGGCUAUGGCAUCCAUUAUCCCAUCAGGCACGGCCAAAUAGAGAACUGGGACCAUAUGGAACGAUUUUGGUCGAAUUCUAUUUUCAAGUACCUACGUGUUGAACCUGAAGAUCACUACUUCCUUCUAACCGAGCCGCCGCUCAAUCCACCGGAAAACAGAGAAAACACGGCGGAAAUUUUCUUCGAGUCUUUCAAUUGUGCCGGUCUGUACAUUGCAGUGCAAGCUGUCCUUGCUCUUGCUGCGUCAUGGACUUCAUCAAAGGUGCAGGAUCGAUCUCUGACUGGCACCGUCAUCGACUCGGGCGAAGGUGUCACACACGUUAUCCCUGUGGCCGAGGGAUACGUCAUUGGCUCAUCAAUCAAGUCCAUACCCAUUGCAGGUCGUGAUAUUACAUACUUUGUGCAAUCCCUCUUGCGCGACCGAGGCGAACCGGACAGCAGCUUGAAAACAGCCGAGAAGAUCAAGGAAGAAUUUUGUUAUGUUUGUCCCGACAUCGUCAAAGAAUUCGCUCGGUUCGACCGUGAGCCUGACCGAUUUGCCAAGCACACCGUGACUUACCCAAACGGACGGUCUGUAGUUGUGGACGUUGGCUACGAGAGAUUUCUGGCUCCGGAGAUCUUUUUCAAUCCGGAAAUAUACUCGUCGGAUUUCCUGACGCCGUUGCCUAACAUCGUCGACACCGUCAUUCAAACAUCCCCUAUUGACGUGAGAAGAGGUCUGUACAAGAACAUUGUGCUUUCAGGAGGAUCUACAUUGUACAAAGACUUUGGCCGCCGACUGCAGCGGGACAUCAGGCACCUGGUCGACGCGCGGAUACGAGCGAGCGAGGUACGCAGUGGCGGUGCUAAAUCUGGCGGGCUCGACGUUCAGGUCAUCACACACAAACGACAACGGCACGGGCCAUGGUUUGGAGGAAGCUUACUAGGCCAGACGCCCGAGUUCAGGAGCUACUGCCACACAAAGGCAGAGUACGACGAAAUUGGCCCUAGCAUCGUGCGAAGAUUUGCGUUGCUAGGCGGGCCAGGGAGCACAUAGCCCUCCCCCUCAUAUCGCUUUGAAAAGGAGAGGAAAAAGUAUAAUAGCGAAGUUUGAAAAGGGUGAAGGGGGGGGUUGGAUUGCUCAGAUCCGCAGCAGCAUUGUGACGCUUGUCCAUCGUGCAGGUAAGCAAGGCCCUCUUGGUGUGGUUGCAGCGCGUAAUCCAGAUUGCAUGAUGAACAUAAUUCAUGUACGCAAUGGCCUUUUUAUGCAAGAACGCAAUGAAGGGCGGGGUCCGAGCGGUGCUACGCAGAUCGAGCUGUCAAAUGUGAGGCCUCAUUCUAUGCAAAAAGUGGGUCCUCGAAGCAGUCAAGAGUACUUGUGCACAGUCCAAAUGCAAGAUGAUUUGAGGGCGUUUGAAA